AUGACGUCCGCUAACAUCCAAAUGGCAGUUUACUGCUUUGACGUCAUCAACGCCCAAUUGAAUCGAGAGAAGGAACCUCCCGUGCCAAAAGAGAUCCCUAAUGUAAAAUUACCACUAUUUGUCACAUGGAAGAAGGGACAUCAACACGAUUUACGCGGAUGCAUUGGAACUUUCUCUGAUUUAAGAUUGGGUGAGGGGUUAAACGAAUAUGCGAAGACCAGCGCUUUCCAUGAUUCACGAUUCAAGCCAAUUAGCCGGGAAGAAGUUCCAAGUUUGCAGUGCGGAGUUUCUCUUCUAAUAAACUUCGAGCCAAUUCAUAAUUUUCGUGACUGGACAAUCGGUCGUCAUGGAGUUCGAAUGAAUUUCGACGAUGGUCAUCGCAAUCGGAGUGCCGUUUUCUUGCCGGAAGUAGCUCAAGAACAAGGAUGGAAUCAUGUGGAGACAAUUGAUCAUUUAAUAAGAAAAAGUGGAUACGGAGGACAUAUUAAUGAUGCUCUUCGGUCAGCACUUCGAAUUGUUCGCUUCCAAAGCUCCAAACUUGUUCUGGAUUAUAAGGAUUAUGUAAACUACAAACAAUCGCACGGACUGCCACUACCACGUUAAUGAUCUCUUUCUAUGUAUUUUUCUUUCAAAUUCCUGUAAAAUAUUCUGUAUUAUGAUUGAAAUAACUGUAUAAUAACUGAAAAUUCUGUAAAAAUAUCUAAAAUAAUCUAAUAAAUUUCUAUUUU